AUGGCCUGUCGCAGCCACAAAGUAACAUGCGUGGAGCAGGCGGUGUGGUGUGAAACUCUAUUGCGGCACAGCCAGCACACUGCGCCGCUUGUGCUCGCAAACAUCAACGCAGCGGCGUAUACAAAGCCGAUGGCAGAAGGCAACGACCCGCUCGAUGUUCAGGGUGUCGCCAUUCCACCCUGCAAGGAUGUGUUCACUGAGCAAGACUCUCAUGCCAUUACCAGUGAGAAAACCUCCACCAUCAUGUCCCUCCAGGUGCUCUUUGAGAAUAUAUUCAAGCACCACGAGCUCGCGUUGCCAGACUACGCACGAGUGGCGCAGGCCGUGCAUGCCACUCUGCCUCUCACGACGCUUCUCUGCGACAUCACCAUCUACGCGUGAGCUGCCGUGGGCCUCAAGAUAGACUUUUCGGUAUUCAGCGUGUUUCCUUUCAUCGCACACAUGCCCGUCGGCCUGCAGGCAAUGUUGCCAGCCGUGGGACUGGCCUUCCCGCGUCACAUGACCUUCCGCGCCCGCAUCCCAAACUUUGCCUUCCAGGUCGCCGUCGCCGCCAACGGUGUUCCGCCGCUGCGGGACGUCGACGACGUGGCGGGCAUGUACGGCCCAAUCAUCGGUCCGAUUGUGUGGGGGGGACUCGACAUCCCUCUACCCCUCAGCCCCAACAUCCACCAGGUCGGCCCGCUCAACACCCGCGAUCAGCGCCAACCCUACCGCUCGCAGGACCUGCCGUUAGACCUCACCGUUUUCAUAGGCAGCUGCUCACAAGGUGUCGUCUACGUAAACUGGGGCACCCAAAGCUUGCCAGACCCGGGGGUGGAGGUUCGCUUGCAGGACGCGCUCGUUGAAGUCGCCCCGCUCAGCGUGGUGUGGAAGCGGCGCACCGCAUCAACAAGGCCACCGCCGCCGGCUGCUCGCUUCUACACGACGUCCUGGCUUCCGUCGACUGUACCGGUUCUGAAGCACCCGAACACGCGCUUGUUCCUCACGCACCGCGGCGUCACCUCCCUGCUGGCGUCUGUCGAGGCGGUGGUACCGAUCGUCAGCCUCCCACUCUUCGCCGAUCAAGCGGAUGCUUGCCAGCGCGUCGAGGAGGUCCGCAUCGGACUUCCAGCCAGCGAAACGAAAGCAUUCGACCCGCGCCGACGUCGUCGCCGUCAUUGCGACUGUCACUCAAAACCACAACACCCCAAUGGUGCGGCAGCUGCAGAAACUGCGCGCCAUCGCCACCGCAUACGGCGGCCCACUGCGCGCCGUUGA